GAUUUUUGAGUCAAAUAUAACUUAUUUUUAAAGUUAAAGUUGGUUAAUCUUGUUUUUUUAGCAUGAACUGGGAAUUUGAUAUUUUUGACUGACAUUAUGAUUGUCUGUUUAAUAUAUGCAAAGUAGUUAAAACACUAAGUUCCACUUUAUAGGUGCUAUCUGGGACCUGGGAAUCUGUUCUUAAAAGUGGUCAUUUCAAUUCUUAAAAUAUACCAAUUGAAUCUUGAAUAGUAUUAUAUUUUUUGGCGAUAUUAUACAGUUGUGCUAUCUCAUAAGGUAUUUAUAAAUAAGUGGUCAUUUAAAUUCUUAAAAUAUACCAAUUGAAUCUUGAAUAAUAUUAUUUAUAAAUGCCUUAUGAGAUAGCACAACUGUGUUACCCUAUCGCCAAAAAAUAUAUUUUAUUACUAAAUUGUUUACAAACAAAAAUAAUGUAAAAAAAACUAUGUAUAGCUUCCAAAUAUUUUUAAACUAGCAUGUGGAUGUCAUGGACUGUCAGUGAAUCUGAAUUGGAGAGAGGUUACAUUUCUUGGUCACAUCCCUCAGCUAUAUACCAAAACAUGCUGUUUUUUAUUCUGAUGUUUUAUGUAUAUUUUAUUGCAUUCACAGCUGCUUCACCAGAAAUUGUAAACACACUACUUGCAUAGUGGUGAUUUGAUUUGCACCGGAUUUCUUGUUCUUCUACUUGUUUUGAGGUAAUCCAACGCCACAAUCUAAUGGCACCCUAUUCACACAGCACUAUAUAGGAAAUAGGGUGUCAUUUGGGAUUCAGCCUUAGCGUUUUUAGAGGGUGUACUGUAGCACCGUCCAUUGAAUAUCCAGUGGGGUGUUAUYCUUAAAUAUGUUCCUUGGUCUGUCAUGUGUCCCUGUGUGUGUCACUGUCACCCAAAGACUGCUGGUGCCUUUCCCUUCUCCUCACUCUUCAAUCUGCAUACAUGCAUACAAACGUUGAAUAAUAUCCCUUUCUUCCCUCUCCUCAGGCUACAGACGGUGACUUUGGCACGUUUGGGACAGUGCGGUAUUACUUCAGUGAUGAGCCUGACCAGUUUUCAUUGGACACUGAGACAGGCUGGGUGCAUCUGUGGGGCAAUCUGGACUAUGAGCUGAUGCGUCGAUUCACUCUGACCGUGCUGGCCCGGGACGGGGGUGGGGAGGAGACCACGGGCAGGCUGUGGGUCAACGUUCUGGAUGUCAAUGACAACACACCCCUUUUCCAGAAGGAGGCCUACAUGGGCUCACUGAGAGAGAACGAACAGGCCGCACAACAGGUGGCCCGAAUCAGGGCGACAGAUGAGGACUCUCCCCCUAACAACUUCCUGACCUACACCAUCACCUCAGUGUCUGCGUUCCGUGGUUACUUCAGAAUCACCAUGGUGGAGGGCUACGCAGUGGUCAGUGUGAACAGCCCUCUGGACUACGAGAUGGUCCCUGAAGGAAUGAUCUACCUGACUGUGAUGGCUAAAGACGGCGGGAACCCAGCCCUUAACAGCAGUGUCUCUGUCACCGUCGAGCUGUUUGAUGAGAAUGACAACCCGCCAAAGUUCAGCAAGCCAUCCUACCUCGUCAAGAUCCCUGAGAACAUCAUUGCAGGGGCGACGGUUGUGUUUGUGAAUGCCACUGAUCUGGACGCCUCCCGGGAGUUUGGACAGGCCUCACUCAUCUACUCCCUACAGGGCUCCUCCCAGUUCCGCCUCAACACGCGCUCAGGAGAGAUCACCACUACAGCCUUACUGGACAGAGAGCUGAAGUCAGAGUACAUCCUGAUUGUCAGAGCUGUGGAUGGAGGGGUGGGGCCACUGCAAAAGACUGGCAUUGCCACGGUGAACAUCACCAUCCUGGACAUCAAUGACAAUGCCCCCAUGUGGCGAGACGAGCAAUACCACGCCAACGUGGUGGAGAUGAGCCCCAUCGACACUGACGUCYUCUCUGUGCUAGCGAUAGACCCAGAUGUUGGGGAAAAUGGGACAGUGGUGUACAGCAUCAGCCCAGAGAACCCCUUCUACACCAUCAACAGCAGCACGGGCAAGAUCAGGACCAGCGGGGCCGUGCUGGACAGAGAGAGGUCCAACCCAAAAGACACCCAGCUCAUGAGGACCAUCAUCGUGUCUGCUGUCGAUCUUGGCAGACCUCCACUGCGUUCCUCAGUCAGCACCACGGUGUACGUCAACUUGCUGGACCUUAAUGACAAUGACCCCAUCUUCCUUAACCUGCCCUUUGUGGCCGAGGUGCCAGAGGGCCUGCCUAGUGGAUCCUCUGUGUUCAAGAUCCAGGUGGAGGACCCUGAUCAGGAGGAGAAUGGUAUGGUUACCAUGGGGCUACGGGUGGGCAUGCCACGAGUUGAUUUCUAUCUCAACACCACCACGGGCGUGCUGUACUCAACGGCAACUCUGGACCGCGAGCAGAUUAGCCUGUACCACCUGAGGAUCGUGGCGUACGACCAAGGGCAGAACCCACGCACCUCCACCAGCACCCUUACCAUCACAGUCCUAGAUGUCAACGACGAGACCCCCACCUUCUUCCCCAAGGUGUACAACGUGUCCCUGCAGGAGAGCGUCCCCAGGGACCAUGUGGUGGCUCGCCUCAUCUGCUCCGACAAUGACGCCGGCCUUAACGCCGAGCUCAGCUACUUCAUCACAGGUGGUAACCAGGAUGGUAAAUUCAGUGUUGGCUUCAGAGAUGGUGUGGUACGGACUGUGGUUGGCUUGGACAGAGAGACACAGGCUACAUACUCACUGCUCAUAGAGGCUAUCGACAAUGGUCCAGCAGGCAGCAGGAGGACAGGCACAGCCACAGUGUUUGUAGAAGUACUGGACGUGAACGACAACAGACCCAUCUUCCUCCAGAACAGCUACGAGACCAGCGUACUGGAGAAUGUCCCCAUAGGAGCUAGCAUCCUGCAGGUGCAGGCCACAGAUUCAGACCAGGGGGAGAACGGCAGGGUUCUGUACAUGAUCCUCUCUGGCAACAGUAAGGGUCUUUCAGAAUUAAUGAGCUGUCGGGGCUUGUGAUGCGGGGCCAGAGGGCUCUGGACAGAGAGAGCAGCACGCUCCCACGUGCUGGAGGUAGAGGCCUACAACAGUGACCAGGGCAGAUGAGGAGC